CCCAGGGCUUCCUUCCCCCUGUCUCCUCAUCACUCACACUUUCACUCGUUCUUCUCAUUCUUCAUUCUUCUUCAUUCUUCUUCAUUCUUCUCAUCCUUCCAUUGUAAAUAAUAUCAAUAACAAUGUCCACUCAACAUUUGAAGGCCUUCCUUGCUUGGGCUGACGAGAACGCCAUCACCUGGGACAAGGACGCCAUCGAGAUCCGCGAGGGCAACCACGGUCUUGGCGUCUAUGCCAAAAAGGACCUCGACGCCGGAUACGAGGUGAUCCAGGUACCCAAGGCCGCUGUCCUGUCGAUCGAGAAUACCGCCAUUGCGGAGCAACUCGAGGAGGAAGAUAUCGAAGGCUACGUCGGACUGACCCUCGCCAGCAUGUACGAGCUCUCCCGGGGCGAUGCUUCCCCUUGGUCUGCGUACCUCACCCUAAUUGACAGCCGUCGUCCUCAUAUGGCCAGCGACCUUUCCGAGGAUGCUCGCGAGCUCAUGAAGAAGUCCGAGGUCUAUGGAGAUAUCGAGACUGACCUUAAGGACAUGCGCGAAGACUAUGACACGGUCGUUGUCCCCUUCCUGGAAAAGCACCCCGAGAUCUUCACGGAGGAGAUCAAGGCAAAAUUCUUCUCGUUCGAGGACUUUAAGGCCAUGACCUCCCAGAUCUCAUCCCGCGCCAUGGAUGUCGAUAACUACCACGUCUCUGCUCUUGUUCCCUUUGCUGACUUUGUCAAUCAUGCUGAUGAACCCAACUCAGACUAUUUGACCCAUGAGGACGUGUGCGAGAUCUGUGGUGCCCUCAGCUGCGAGCACUUGGAUGAGCUCGACGAGGAUGAGGACGAUGAGGACGAAGAGGCCCCCGAGUUAACUGCCGAGGAGGCGGCCGAGCCCAAGAAGAAGCGUGCUGUUGCCAAGGGAGUUACAGCCGAUGCCGAGGACGACGAGGAGACAGAGACUGACGAUGACGAAGAUGCUGAUUGGGAGGAUGAGGACAUCGACGACACUUGCGACAUUAUCUUGGACGAGGAUGUCAAGAAGGGAGAGGAGAUCACUCGUCACUAUGGCCCCUUCCCUAACAAAAUCUUCCUGUCCAAGUAUGGCUUCGCUGAAAUUAACAAUCCCAAUGAUACCGUGACGGUCCAGCUCGAUAUGGUCAAGAAGGCCGCGGAGGGCAUCCUCGGCGAUGCUGCUCUUGUCGAGGAGCGUGUCAAGUGGUUCUUGGAGACUGAGGAUGUGUUUAUCGGAGAGGAUGACGACGAUGAUCAGGAGGAGGCCUGCUGCGGCGAGGACCAUGAUCACGACCACGACCACGAUCACGGUCACUCUCAUGCUCACAAGCACGAGAAGAAGCAAGAGACCAAGCAGGACAAGGAGGAUGACGAGGAUGAUGAGGACGACGAGGACAACGAGGAUGACGAGGACUUCCCCCGCGACAUUAUGUAUAUGAUGCAUGAUGGUUCGGUCGACGAUCGUCUGCUUAUGCUCCUCAACGUCAUCUUUAUGGAGAAGGAGCAGUUUGACAAGGUUCAGGGAAGCAUGGAAGUUGCGACCGAGUACUUUAAUGACAUUUUCCUCCGCCGCGCUCUUGAAGAGGAUAUUGCUGAGGAUGGUGAGGACGAGGGCGAGGACGAGGACGAGAAGCCCGAGGUCAAGCCUUUGGAUGAGGCUGGUCGCAAGGUCCGCACGGCUGUUCUCGAUGCGAUUCUUCAGGUGAUCCGCCUCCGCGCGGAUGCGUUUGGGGUCUCGGAUCAGACGACUGCUGAGGAGGAUUUGGAGACACUGAAGAAAGCCAACCUCUCGGGGCCGUUGUUCUACGGUAGUGUCUGCGUCCAGGGCGAGAAGCAGAUUAUUCAGAACGGCCUCAAGCUGUAUGGCAAGUUCCGUGCCGAGCUGUAG